AGCCAAAGUAAAUAACAUGGGGAGGCUCAUUGACAGGUCACGUGACUGCGAGAGAGUUACAGUCCAGAGGGCCAGGCUUAGUGCAUUCUCAUCGUUGCCGUUCGCGGACUAGGUUGCCUCUACGCAGCCAAGAUGAACGGCGCCAGCAAGAGAAUCAAAAUCACGGACCUGAAUCCGAACUUGAUUUGCGUGCUAUGCGGCGGGUACUUCAUCGAUGCUACCACCCUGACGGAAUGUCUUCACUCGUUUUGCAAGAAGUGCAUAGUGAAGUAUCUGGAGACCAGCAAGCAGUGUCCUGUUUGUGAUGUCUUGGUGCACAAGACACGUCCACAUCUCCACAUUAGAUCUGAUAAAACGCUUCAGGACUUGGUCUACAAGCUUGUUCCAGGCUUGUACAAAAAUGAGAUGAAGAGACGGCGGGAUUUUUACUCCAAGCACCCAGAAGUGGCGCCCAAGAAGGUGGGAGAGGAGCGGGGAGACGAGAUGGCGGAGCGCAUCAUUUACACAGAGGAUGAGCACUUCAGUCUGGCUCUGCACUUCAGCAAGCGAGGUGUCAGGGAUGAAAGAUCAGUGCGCAGCCUUACCCUGCCAGAGGUGGUGGCAGUCUCCAAAGAGCCACCAAAAAACGUUCGUUACCUACGGUGCCCAGCAGGAGUGACCAUCGGCAUCCUGAAGAAAUUCGUCCGCCUGAAGUAUGAACUGCCCAAUCGCUAUGAGAUCGACAUUUUUCAUACCGAUGAAGCGUUGCAUGAAGACUAUACCUUGAUGGACAUUGCAUAUAUCUACACAUGGAGAAGGAAGGAUCCACUGCGACUGAAUUACUCUGUUUACGAGUCGAAAGCCAAACGCCCUCGUCUUGCCAUUGAGCCUCUUGCAAACACUCCAGGUUUGAAGCCGGUUAAGAUAGAAGCUGGCGCUACGCUAGUAAAGGAGGAGGACUGGCCUUCCAGCAAGCAGGACGGCGCCAGGCCGCUAGUGAAACCGGACUUAAAGCCAGCCUGUGGCCAGGACAAGAAGCCUGCCAGCAAACCGGAAGCUGACAACAAAGAGAUUAAAGCGUCCGAGAAGCCGGUGACCAAAACGCAGGAGCAACAGUCGGAAGGUGGGCCUCCCUUGGUGCUGCAGGAAGACAAAAAGCGGCAAAGCACGAGCACCGAUGAACCCGCAGUGUUGCCCAGCAAACAGGAACCCAGGAUUGCCAACCUGACCCCGCCCUCCUACGUCGCUUUGGAUGCUGCCACGCCCAAGCCUGCCAGUUAUUCAGGCCCCCAAUGCUGGUGGAUAAAGCCGCGGUACGUCUCGGCGCAGCUUGUGCGGUGAAGAUCCUCCAGUCCUCCAACCCCAGCUCUCCGUCACCUG